GCUCAAGUGGAGACGGACGGGAGUAGGUGAAGAGAGGCGACGGAGAUGGCUGGCGGCGGCGGCGCGGGGAGGAAGGUGGCGGUCGCUGCCGUGCAGUUCGCCUGCACCGACACCGUGUCCGACAACGUCGCCACGGCCGAGAGGUUGAUUAGAGAAGCUCAUAAGAAAGGAGCAAAUAUUGUCCUCAUCCAGGAACUAUUUGAAGGGCACUAUUUCUGUCAAGCUCAAAGGAUGGAUUUCUUUCAGCGUGCUAAGCCUUAUAAAGAGAAUCCAACUAUAAUGAGAAUGCAAAAUCUUGCAAAGGAGUUGGAUAUUGUGAUACCAGUAAGUUUCUUUGAAGAAGCAAACAAUGCUCAUUACAACUCAGUGGCCAUUAUUGAUGCUGAUGGCACUGACCUUGGCCUAUACCGCAAAUCACACAUUCCAGAUGGACCAGGUUAUGAAGAGAAAUUUUAUUUCAAUCCAGGUGAUACUGGUUUCAAGGCUUUCAAAACCAAGUAUGCAACAAUUGGCGUUGGAAUUUGCUGGGAUCAGUGGUUCCCGGAGACUGCAAGGGCUAUGGUGCUUCAGGGGGCGGAAAUAUUGUUCUAUCCCACUGCCAUUGGAUCUGAACCUCAGGAUACUAACCUGGAUUCCCGUGAACACUGGAAGCGUGUCAUGCAAGGCCAUGCCGGCGCUAACUUGGUUCCUCUUGUCGCUUCUAACCGGAUAGGAAGGGAAACUGUUGAGACUGAGCAUGGCAACAGUACUAUAAAAUUUUACGGGAAUUCAUUCAUCGCAGGACCAACUGGAGAAAUCAUCAAGCUUGCAAAUGACAAAGAUGAGGAGGUGCUGGUGGCGGAGUUUGACUUGGAUGAGAUCAAAUCUACCAGGCACGGUUGGGGGAUAUUCAGGGAUAGGCGUCCUGAUCUAUACAAAGUGCUAAUGACAUUGGACGGCCAGAGAUCAUCGUAGGCUCCACUUUGAGGUUAUCCAUCAAUGAGAGUGACAUCAGUUCCACAAUAUUGGGAAACACAGGGUCCAGGAAUACGGCCCCUUCACUUCACCAAAUCCGAAUGGUAGAUCUUCUGUUCUAUCUAAUCCCUGCUAAAAGCGUGCUUUGCCUCUAGACAGGGCACCUCUAUGUUUGCAACUUGGUGAUUUUCCACCAAUAUAACAUUCAGUAAUAAAUAGUUGUCUUGUAAAAGGAUCUGAUGGAUGAGGAAUAUUUGAAAUCAAAUACUUCAGUCCUUGAAACA